GAGCAGAAGACAGAGAAUGGAAAAGAUAAGGAACAGAAACAAACAAAUACCGAUAAAGAGAAAAUGAAAGAGAAAGGGAGCUUCUCUGACACGGGCUUAGGUGAUGCGAAAAUGAAAUCUGAUCCGUUUGCUCCCAAAACUGAUACUGAGAAGUCUUUUCGGGGUAGCCAGUCUCCCAAAAGGUAUAAGCUUCGAGAUGACUUUGAGAAGAAGAUGGCUGACUUCCAUAAAGAGGACAUGGAUGAUCAAGAUAAGGACAAAGCUAAGGGAAGGAAGGAAUCGGAGUUUGAUGAUGAACCCAAAUUUAUGUCGAAAGCCCUAGCAGGUGCAAACAAAAACCAGGAGGAGGAGAAGUCAGGCAAAUGGGAGGGCCUGGUGUAUGCACCUCCAGGGAAGGAAAAGCAGAGGAAAACAGAGGAGCUGGAGGAGGAAUCUUUCUCAGAGAGAUCCAAGAAGGAGGAUCGGGGAGGGCCCAAGAGAACCGAAAGUGGGCACAGGGGGUUUGUGCCUGAAAAGAAUUUCCGAGUGACUGCUUACAAAGCAGUCCAGGAGAAAAGCUCAUCACCUCCCCCGAGAAAGACCUCUGAGAGCCGAGAGAAGCUAGGAGCCAAAGGAGACUUUUCCACAGGGAAGUCUUCCUUUUCCAUUACUCGAGAGGCCCAGGUCAAUGUCCGGAUGGACUCUUUCGAUGAGAACCUUGCAAGACCCAGUGGCUUAUUGGCUCAGGAACGCAAGCUUUGUCGGGAUCUAGUCCAUAGCAACAAAAAG